AUGCCGCCAUCCAACACGGCCGCCUGGCUGACGAAGCCAAAAACACCACUCUCCGUCUCGUCGGCGCCGUACACCCCGCCGGGACCAGACCAGAUCGUGGUCCGCUCCCGCGCCAUAGCGGUGAACUACUGCGACUGGGCAAAGCAGGACCUCGGAAGCAUGUUGUUCCCCUGGGUCAAGCUGCCCUUCGUGAUGGGCGAGGACGUCGCGGGGGAGGUCGUCGAGGUGGGGGCCGGCGCGGACGCCUCCUUCAAGGUCGGCGACCGCGUGCUGAGCCAUGCGGUCGGUCUGGACAAGAUCAGCAGCGGGGCCAGCGAGGGCGCGUUCCAGGAGUACGUCGUGCUGCGCGCCGGGCUGGUGGCGCGGAUACCGGACUCGGUGGCGUUCGAGAGGGCCUGUGUGUUGCCAGUCUGCCUGAGCACCGCUGCGACCGGGCUGUUCUGCGACAAGCACCUCGGUCUGGACCUGCCUUCCCUUGAUAACAACGCUGCCACGGACGGGAGGAAGGCCGGGAAAGGUGCUCGUUAUAUCGUCUCAGCAUGCUGCAAGGGCACGGACAAGGCGUACGUCGCUCAGAUGUCUCUCAACGGGCCUCCACCGCCAAAGCCGGGAGCUCUGAACCUUGUGUCUUGGUUGGCUGGGGCAGCCUAUGCAUGGAUCUCAACUCUGGUGAAGAAGAACCUCAAGGGGGUCAAGGUCGAGUUUGUCUGGGGGUCCGACCUAUACGAUGGCCCUGUUGCUGAGGCAGUGUAUGGAAGCUUUUUGCCAGCCGCGCUCGCAAAGGGCAGCUUUGUCCCUGCCCCGGAGCCACAAGUUAUUGGGCAUGGGCUGGAUAAAGUCCAAGAGGCAUUCGAAGUGGGCAGGAAAGGCGUGUCUGCGAAGAAGUUGGUGGUGACUGUUUGA